AUGAAUAGGUCGGUCCAUGUGGAAGUUUACCAAGAAAGAAGCAUCGAUCUGCCUCCUCCCACGGUCUGCAAUCUGCGUCCCGAGCCAAGUUGGAUGGACGCAGUCAUAACAUAUAAGGAGAGGAGAGAACUUCCCGAAGAUAAGUUGCUAGCCAGAACAUUGAAGAGAUACAACAACAGGUUCGUCAUUGAUGCCAAGGUAGAACUCAUGAGGAAGUCUUUCUCAACCCCACUACUGAAAUGCGUCGGGCCAACCGAGACAGACUAUAUCUUGAGAGAGAUCCACUUGGGUAUCUGUGGAAACCAUAUUGGGGGAAGGACCUUAGCACAUAAGACACUCCGAGCCGGAUAUUGGUGGCCCACCAUGAUUUCUGAAGUAAAGGCAAUGACAAAGAAAUGCGAGAAAUGUCAGAAGUUCGCCCUCGGCCAUCCACCAACCAGCUCAAACCUUGCAAUCAACAUUAUACCCCUUACCAUUUGCACAAUGGGGAAUGGACAUCAUUGGUCUGUUUCCCUCGGUUGUAAAUCAAAAGAAGUGAUUGAUCGUGGAAGUUGA